AUGUGGACGGUUUCUCAGCAAGGGGUUGAGUUUCGGAGAGGUGGGUGGAGGCUGAGGCGGCGGCUCUUGAGGGUUUUGUGCAGUGGCGUGACGGUUUCUCUUUCGUCGAAAGGUGGAUUGGGUACUUUGGCCGGCGGGUCAAGAGAUUGCCAGGUUGUUGUUUGA